AUGGCUGGACAGCUGUACACACGGACUACGAGAGGGCGGCUGUCUGCAUUUGUGCUGGGAGUGGGGGUUUUCCUAGCGGUUACGGCAGCCGUGAGAGCGCAGACCGGCACGGUGAAUAGCGGUCCUGAUGUGUAUCAGUCCAUAGGCAGGACCGUCACGCUAAGCUGUACCUACUCUCUCAGCGGGUCCGCCACCCUGCGUGAGAUCAAGUGGUACCGCGUUUCGGACGACAGUGACAGAGAACCAGUCCUGUCCUACUAUCCAGGCGAGUCCGCCUACACGUACGGCUUGUACCGUAACAGGGUGAGCCUGGUGAACACGGACGCGGCUGCCCAGGAUGCGUCCCUCCGCCUGAGUAACCUGCAGUUCAGCGAUAGCGGCACCUACGAGUGCCUAGUGGGGGCUGGCGGGAGCGGGCUGCAGCCAUGGGAGGGAGCCGUCGAGAUCAACCUAGUGGCCCUGGCGGCGCCCAGAAACUGCGCAGAUGAUGAGUUUGCCUGUACCAACGGCCAGUGUAUCACAAUUUGGUCGAGAUGUGACGGUGACGAUGACUGUGGGGACAACAGCGACGACGAAGACUGCCCUACUCAGAAAUGGCGCGAUGAUUACCGCUGUGGAGGCCGUUUCACUACAGCAGACGGGAGGACCGCUGAGUGCAACCCUGACAGUAUCAACCCAUGCUGCUCUCCACAUUCCUGGUGUGGGAUCACUCCAAAUUACUGUAACUGUGCGGAUUGUGUCGACUACCGUUGCCAUCAGCCUGGGUACGUUUACCAUCAGCCUAGUCACCUGUGCUACAAGGCCUUCAACGACGCGGCAACCUACAACGGUGCAGUCAGUAGGUGUUCUUCAGACGGGGGAACCCUUGCCAUGCCCUUCGACACUGCAACCAACAACUUUCUCAUCGAUCUGAAAAAUGCCGUCGACAACAACGCUUUGUUCCGUUUUGGGCUGACUGAUUACCGCCAGGAGGGAGUUUGGAUGUGGGAUGAUAACGUUCCUCUGGGCAACUUCAGCGCGUGGGGCCCAGGACAACCCGACAACUGGGAUGGUGUCGAGGUGGAGGACUGUGCCGAGUACGUUACUGAAAGGUCGAGCUUUCCCAACUCAUGGAACGAUGGAAGCUGUACCCGCGCUGACAGGAAGUUCAUCUGUCAAGUCUCUCCAUUAGUUGUGGACCAUUGCCAGCCCGACCCGUGCAUCUAUGGGACCUGUAUCCGUGGUCCAGACAACUUCACCUGUACCUGUGACGAGGGCUAUGCUGGAGAAACUUGCCAAAUCCCUAUCGGUGUUGGACACUGCGGACCCGUAGACGUCAUAGAUGACGUCACUUCCGUUUCCCCUAACCAUGGAGGGAACUUCACUAUUGGCCAACAGGCGACUGUCACGUGCAAAAACGGACAGAACGUUACGCUACAGUGUCAGAAGAACGGAACCUUCAGCAUCCCCACACCUUACUGCAGUAUACGUACAGAGAUGGGCCAUGGACAAAGCGUGGUGGUGUGGGCUGUGCCAGUUUCCGUUAUAAGUUCCGUACUUCUUGUGUCAAUCGUGCUUGCUGCUUUCUUCAUCUUCAAACGUAGGAGGUCUACAAAACAGCGAGGAGCCUCCAAUGACGAAUACGAGAUGGUCGACCCACAGGACUCCCGUCCGCCGACUAGGAGUCCACAAGCCCCGGCGACAGUUUCCCCACGACCCGGGACAUCUGGAACCCAGUCGGCGGACUCUGAAUACCAGGCGCUGGACCCGAGGACCAUGUGUGAUACUGAUAGUGAGUACACAAGUCUACGAGACUAUGAGAUUGCGUACGAUCCCGAAUACGAGAACACAUUUGGAAAGGUGUAUGAAAAUGCCUGAUUAUGUCAAGUAGAUUUGUAGCCGCAGAUUGACAUUCAGGUCAAGUUGGCAGUCUAAGACGAGCCAGACUUCGAGACCUCGUACGGCCCCUAAUACGAGAACACAUUCAAAAAGGUGUAUGAGAAUGCCUGAUUAUUUUAAUCCAUAUAUUUUGUAACCGCAGAUUGACAUAAAGGACAAGUUGGCAGUCUGAACUGUCUCCACAGGUUGGGUUUACUUGGGGUUUAUCCACUUUUGUUAUAACAAACUCUCAUUCUGUAAGGUUACUAUCCUAAAAGUUCAAUUUAGCCAUUUUGUACAUAUCAUUAAAGAUCUAUUCGUUUCUAGGGGCAUAUAGUUUGAAUCAACAGUAGCAAAAAUGUAGCCGAGGCCUUUUCCAAGUGAUUAAAAUAUCAGUUGUUUAAUUUUACAUAUAAAGAGUCUAGCAACAGACAACAUACAGCAAAGUAUGACUGUAACUGAACUCCCAAUUUUAGUUGUCAGAAAUUACAACACAUCAAAAUGGAAAGACACAUCCGCAUUUCUCCCCAAUGUCGACGUCCACAAUUACUACAAACUACAUUUGAUAUGGCAGACAAGUAACAAUUCAAACGAUUCUGCAAGUAGUCAUAUUAUACUAUGGUUCAUUGUUGUAAAAAUAGCAUAUCUAGUCAAGAAUUCUUAACUGUA